AUGGUCUCCAACGAGGUCUAUUUACUUCCCCUGAACGACGACGGCUCGCCCCAAGUCCCCGGCGAAUACAUUUACAUCGCAUCCAAUUCUCGCGAGCGUAUAAUCGUCCGCUUCACCAUCGAGGGCACAUCUUCCAUCUGCCGCCAUGGGAGCCUAUGGGUCAAUAUACCGGAGGAGGGCGCUGAGUUUCGUCGGGACAAGUUCAGGGAGUUCAAGCUCAUCCCCGACUUCAACCGUACGCUUGAGAUCUCGAUUCCCAUCUUUCAAGCUGGCGCUUAUUGCUUCUACACCACCUACGCCGAACUCCCCGACCUAGCUAGUGACUUGCGCACCGAUGCGCUGGCCAAAUCGACCUACAAGGAGACUCCACGUUAUUACAUCGAUGUGGCCCCCAGGCUCGUACUCGACGGUCGGCCACUGCCCCUUCCUGCGCUGUCAGUUUUCACGGUCAUUAGCAAGUUCAUGGGCGAAUACCCGAAGGAUUGGGAGCGUCAUCUCGGCGGCAUCAGCGAUCGCGGCUACAACAUGAUUCACUUCACCCCACUGCAAGUCAGGGGUGCUUCCAACUCCCCUUACAGCAUAUACGACCAGCUAAGCUGGGAUCCGGUUUGUUUUCCGCAUGGUGAGAAAGACGUUCAUGAGAUGGUGGACAGCUUGGAGAAGAAUCACUCCCUGUUGAGUCUCACCGACAUCGUCCUCAACCACACCGCCCAUAACAGUGCGUGGUUGGAGGAGCACCCGGACGCCGGCUACAACUUGAUCACGGCUCCCUGGCUCGAGUCGGCAUAUCUCUUGGACACAAAGCUCUUGGAACUCAGCUCCAACCUGCAAUCGCUUGGUCUCCCAACCCAACUCAAAAGCACCGACGACCUCUUGUUGAUCAUGGAUGCCAUCAAGAAACAGGUCAUUGGCAAAAUCCGUCUCUGGGAGUUUUACGCCAUUGAUGUCGACCGAGACGUCGACGCUGGUGUGAAGGCUUGGGUUGCAGGUCGUGUCGAAUUCCCGGAAGACUCUCUGGGUCCCGAUGGUUUUAUCGGCUUGAAGAAUGCCAGCCUCAAGGAACAAGCCGAAUUUAUUAUCAAGUACGGAAUACUGAACCACGAUCGUCUUGGGGAGCGCUACAGGAGGACAGUCCACCCCACUGUGGCCGCAGCCCUCCUGUCUGCCAUCUUCGGCCGCUACGAGGGGGAAGGAGGCCCAACGCCGGACCGAUCAGCGGCCGAAACCAGACUCGCGUCGAUCCUUGACGAGGCCAACUUGCCUUUCUAUAAAGAAUAUGAUGCGGAGAUCAAUGAGAUACUAGAACAGCUUUUCAACCGCAUCAAAUAUUGUCGCCUCGACGACCACGGACCUAAACUGGGUGAGGUCAACGACAAGAAUCCGCUCAUCGAGACCUACUUCACCCGCUUGCCGCAAAACAGUGUCACUUCGAAACACAAGAAGGAGGAACUUGUCCUCGUGAACAACGGAUGGGUCUGGGCGGGUAACGCUAUGAUCGAUAAUGCCGGCCCUCGGUCACGCGCUUAUCUCAGGCGAGAAGUCAUUAUCUGGGGUGACUGCGUCAAACUUCGGUAUGGCGACAGCCCGGCUGACAGCCCAUUUCUCUGGGACUACAUGACGACGUACGCUCGGACGUUGGCCAAAUAUUUCGCAGGCUUGAGGAUCGACAAUGCUCACUCCACCCCUAUCCAUGUCGCCGAGCACAUCCUAGACGAGGCGCGGCGAGUCAGGCCUGAUCUCUAUGUGGUUGCAGAACUUUUCACGGGCUCUGAAGAAAUGGAUUAUGUGUUCGUUAAGAGACUGGGUCUGAGCUCCCUCAUCCGCGAGGCCAUGCAAGCUUGGAGCACCGGCGAGCUAAGCAGGCUUGUGCAUAGGCAUGGCGGAAGGCCCAUUGGGAGUUUUGAGGUCGAUGAACUUCUGAGGGUCGAUUCCAAGACGUCGGUCAGCCCUACCGCUUCUCACGCUUCUUACGCUUCUCAGGGCGAGUCUGAGUUCGAUGACUCGAAGUUCUCGUCACGCGACAUCAUCCGCAGGAUCAAGCCAGUGCCUGUGCACGCCCUCUUUAUGGACUGUACCCACGACAACGAGACGCCGGCGCAGAAGCGGGAUGCUCGGGAUACCCUACCGAACACUGCCUUGGUCGGCAUGUGCGCGAGUGCCACCGGAAGCGUCAUGGGAUACGAUGAGAUCUACCCAAAACUAGUCGAUCUGGUCAACGAGACGCGACUGUACACCUCUGAGUCUUCCGACAAGCCCGUCAGGAUUGGCGGAGGCAAGAAUGGAAUUGGCGGCAUCAAGAAGCUUCUCAAUCAGAUCCACACGCUCAUGGGCAAGGAUGGCUACGACGAAACGCACGUCCACCACGAAGGUCAGUACAUCACGGUCCAUAGGGUACACCCGGAGUCGAGGAAGGGCUACUUCUUGAUCGCCCAUACCGCAUUUCCAGGCUACGGAAAUGGAAAUGGCGCGUUCAACCCGGUUCAUCUCACUGGAACGCGGGCUCGGCAUUUGGGAAGCUGGAUGCUGGAAGUAGAUGCGACCGAGGAGACGAAGAGGAAGGUGCUCGAAGAUAAACGCCAUCUCAGGGGCCUUCCAAGUCGGGUUGUCGACGUACCCGGCGUCCGCAUGGAAACCAAAGGCAAAGACACGAUCAUUGCGGUGCUUGACCAGUUUCCGCCUGGGAGCAUCGCCCUCUUCGAGACUUGGAUUCCCGCCGCCGAACAUUCUACUGGACUCGACAGCUAUGUGACUUCAGGGGCCAAGAAGGCCUUUGCGGGUCUCAGCCUCGUCGAUCUCAAUCUGUUGCUGUACAGAGGGGAAGCCGAAGAAAGGGAUAGUAGCAACGGCAAAGACGGCUGUUAUGAUAUACCCGGCCAUGGCAAGUUGGUGUAUGCUGGCCUCCAAGGCUGGUGGAGUCUACUCAAGGACAUCAUUUCCGAGAACAACCUAGCCCAUCCGCUCUGCCAGCAUUUGCGGGAAGGCCAAUGGGCGUUGGACUAUAUCGUUGGUCGACUCGAGCGGCUCGCCUCUACGCCGGGCCACGAGAGGCUGGGCAAACCGGCUGUGUGGUUCAAGGAGAGGUUUGAUGCGCUUCGGCGCAUUCCGAGCUUUUUGCUGCCCCGGUACUUCGGCCUGGUGGUGAGGACAGCGUACAGGGCCGCAUGGGAGCGCGGAAUCGAACUCAUGAGCGAGAACGUCAGAGACGGCCAGUGGUUCUUGCACAGUCUGGCCAUGGUCGGGGUGCAGCUGACUGGCACGGUCAAGUCUGCUUCUCUGUAUCCGAAGACGAUUGUGCCGUCAAUGUCCGCCGGUCUAGACCAUUUUGCCGUAGAAUGGGCGCGGUGCUGGGGACGUGACAUCUUCAUUUCCCUCCGGGGCAUGUACCUCGGCACGGGACGCUUCGACGAGGCAAGGGAGCACAUACUCGCUUUCGCCAGCGUGUUGAAGCAUGGACAGAUCCCCAACCUUCUGAACAGCGGGACUGCUCCUCGAUACAACUCGCGAGACUCGAUCUGGUUCUUCCUUCAAUGCAUCCAGGAGUGUGUCAAAUUCGCACCGGAGGGCUUUGAUUUGCUCCGGGCAAAAGUGAAGCGGAGGUUCCUCCCUUACGACGAUACUUGGUUCGACAUGGACGAUCCGCGAGCCUACUCUGAGGAAAGCACAAUCGAAGAAAUCAUCCAGGAAGCACUGCAGAGACACGCCGGCGGCAUGUCAUACCGCGAAGCCAACGCUGGCCCGGGACUCGAUUCCCAGAUGACCGACGAGGGCUUCAACAUUGAUAUCAAGGUCGACUGGGACAAUGGCAUCCUUUUUGGUGGCAACCAGCAUAACUGCGGUACCUGGAUGGACAAGAUGGGCGAGAGCACUCGCGCGGGAUCUAAGGGUGUACCUGGGACACCGCGCGAUGGCGCAGCGGUCGAGAUCACGGGCCUCCUCUACAGCACACUUGCCUGGCUGUCCAAGAGUCACGCAGAAGGGAAGUACAAGUAUGACAGCGUUACGCGAACCGACGGUUCGUCCAUCGGCUUCGAUGCCUGGGCCGACCUGAUCAGGGCCAAUUUCGAGCGAUGCUACUUCGUGCCCCUUUCGUCCAAGGAGGAUGCGCAAUACGAUGUGAAUCCGGCCAUCAUCAACCGCCGCGGGAUCUACAAGGACCUCUACCGCUCCGGUAAGGAGUACGAGGACUACCAGCUCCGGCCCAAUUUCCCCAUCGCCAUGGCUGUGGCGCCGGACCUGUUUGAUCCCGGCCACGCGAUCCACGCUUUGAGCGUCGCCGACAAGGUCCUCCGAGGCCCCACGGGCAUGGCGACACUCGACCCGGCCGACCUGAAUUACCGGCCGUACUACGUGAACAGCGACGACAGCGACGACUUUGCCACCGCGAAGGGGCGCAACUACCACCAAGGUCCCGAAUGGCUGUGGCCGACGGGCUUCUUCCUGCGGGCGCUCCUCAAGUUCGACCUGCAGCGUCGGGACACGGAGGAGGGGCGGACCGAGGCGUUCCAGCAGGUCACCCGGCGGCUCAUGGGAUGCAAGAAGAUGAUCCGCGAGAAUGUCUGGGCCGGUCUUGCGGAGUUGACCCAGAAGAACGGCGAAUUCUGUCCUGAUUCGUGCGGUACGCAAGCCUGGUCUGCGGCCUGUCUCAUCGACUUGUACAUGGACGCAGCGAAGGAACAGGGUGCUAAAGGAAGUUUCUUCCUGCCCACGCGGUCGAAGUGA